UCUCCUCCGAGUAAUCUUCCUGUCGCUUGCUCCUUGCACACUGACAUUCUGGCUCAAUCUGAUCGUUGAAAGCCGAGUCCUGGUCCAGCGUGGACGUUCAGUGUUUCUUCUGUCGUCGCCGGAAGGGGAAUCAGAACGAGUGACAAAAAAUUGGGACUGGGCUUUCCGUUAGAGAGAAAUGCCUUCACUUGACGACAGAGACAGGGUGGUGGGUCCAGUACUCAGAGAACUGGAGUCUGGAACCUAUGAGAAGACGUUCCUAGUCCUCGACUUUGGUUCUCACACUCUCUAUGGCUAUGCUGGCCGUCCUGGGAAUAGUAAAGAACUCAGCGAGUUAACGCCAACAAUCGAGAUCAAUUGUCAGUGGAUUACCAAGGUCAGUUUGUAGGAGUCCGACUUUCAUUCACUUUAAUGGCUCUUCCCUUCCUUCUGUCUGUCGAUCUAUUUAUACUCAUCGCACACACAACAAACAACUGGACAGGUUCGCAUUGCAUCUUUUAGACCGAGAGUCCUCCACUGUUUAGAGAUAGGACUCCCCACUGGCUGUCAGUUCUUCUCUGUGGAUUCUGAGGAAGAGAGAGAUGAGUGGGUGGAGUCUAUCAGGAGGUGCUCUAUGGGGCAGGGGGCAGGGAAGCCAGUGGCUACAACAGCGGCACCGGCAGCCAAGAAAGAGGUGGCCUACCGGACGGUACUAGUGGGUGGGAAAGUCCAGAAGAUCCCUGUCCAGUCCAAUGGGAGUGGAGCUGCAGAGAGUGCAGCGGUGGGCAAGAGCGGGGGCAAGGGGCAGAAGAAGACAAGGGGGUUCCCACGGGUCAUCCAUGCGGGACACGGCAUCAAACUGGGAGCAGUGAGAAAGAGCUGGAAGAAGAGGUUCUUUGUGUUGACGGAGGUGUCGGUCGGCUACUACAAGACCAUAGAUGAGGUGGAGCCAAUUCGGACGGUGUCUGUUGGUGACAUGACCAGCUGUGCCGUCAGCAAAGAAAGCUCGGGGAAGGAACAUAUGCUAGAGCUGGUCACUCCCUCCAGAACAUACUACAUACAGAUGGAGACAGAGGAGGAGAUGGAACAGUGGGUAAAGGCCUUUCGGAGCAUCAUGAAAACAGUACGAGGCUCUCACCAGCCAGUACGCCAGGAACCAGACUCUGACUCAGACGAAACAGAACUAGCACCAGGAAUCUCGCCAGAUGGCACCUUGGUAUAGCCCCUCCUCCCCUCCUCCCCCCACCACCACAUCAUCCCAGAGCCACCCACAAAAUCUGCUGUCCGUGUAUACAUGUGUAACCAUUAUUAUACCUCCCAGAAAACAGCACUUAUACCGGCACCCAGACCACUUUACACGUCACCAAACAAUUAUUAUUCUUUUCUCUGUGAUUUCUGUCGUGCCUCAAUUCUUUUAGCCCAUUUUAAUACAAACGGU